AUGCAACGUCGUUCUGUUCCUCGUACCGAUCCUCGGUAUAAUCAAAUUCGUGCAAGAAAUAACGAUAGCGUGAAACGCUCACGAGAAAAAUCUCGUCGUGAACGUGAUGAAACAGUCGAAGCUAUAAGUCAGCUCGAAGAAGAAAAUAAGCAACUAGUCGAACAAAUUCAAACGAUGAAACGAGAGUUCGAUCAACUACAAGAUUUAUUCAAACAACAUACGGGAAUAGCCGUAGAUCAGUUAUUAUCGUCAGAAACGAACUCAACUGAGUCACAACCGAUCGAGCAAUCGAAACCUGUUCUAACAAUUAAUACAAACGAAGUCCAGACAAAUGCAACAACAUCGGAUGUUCAACUUGAUCCAACUACGCUCGACGGAGCGAUCGUUUUAAUAAACGGUGUUCAAUAUAAGAUUGAACGAAAAUUCAACCUUCAUUCUAUUUUUCAGAUGAAUUUUCCUGUAUAUAUUCUAUUUACGUUCUUUCUUAUCAAUCAAGUAAUAUCAACGAAUGAUCAGACAAAGAAGAAAAGAGACUUUUAUUGUUCAGCAUGUAAGUUCAUGAGCGAUACAAUAUUUCGUGAAAUGAAUAAUGUCGAUCCCAAUGAACGUGUUCAAGUCGGUUCGUAUCGUGUCGACGGCCACGGACAUCAAAAAUUGAAAGAUGUACCAAUCACCGAAACAAGAUACCAUGCGGAGAAUGUUUUAGAUAAUAUUUGCACAAAAUUUCUUGAUAAGGAUAUGAUACCCAAACAGCUGAGAAAUAUUUAUGAACAUGCCGUAAGUAAUUGUUUCGAGUGA